UUGUAUUUGGCUGCUUCCUAGAGAGGACAGGGAAGCUGAGACUGGUAGAUUAAGGCUGACGCUUUGUUCCUUGGAGGACAACCUUAUAGAUCUGUUUUCCAGGUCGGAGGAAGAAUUUGGCUUUUGCGCGGCGGCAGCGGAGGGACAGUCAGAGAAGAUGAAUGGGGGAAAUCCUCCUUCCGGGCCCCCGGUGUCCUUCGAAGAGGUGGCUGUGUUCUUCACGGAGGAAGAAUGGGCUCUGCUGGAUCGUGCCCAAAGAGCUCUGUACUGGGAAGUCAUGCAGGAGAAUUGCGAGAUGGCAGCCUCUCUGGGACUUUGGGUGCCUGGACCAUUCCUCGAUUCGCAGCACCAUCCAAGAGAAAUGCGGUUCCUCUGGACCUCUGAGGAAUCGGGAAGAUGUGCAAGUGUCCCUUUUACAGGAGAUGUCCCAGAGACCGAGAGACGGGAGAACCCAGGAGAGAUGUCUUCAGAAAGAGACGAGUAUCUGGAGGUGGAACUUUGGGAUGGAGAUGGACCGCUGAGGCUGUGGAAAAGAAAAAGAGAAGGAGAACAGAAUUGGGGCAAGAAAUUGGUUGCCAGUCAGGGCAGAAGCAAGAAUGAGAUCCCAGAGGAAAGCAAAAUACAAAAAGAAAAUGGAAGUGACAAGUGUAUUGUGAAAGGGGAAAAGUUCAGCUGCAUGUCCAGUGUUAAGAAAGACCAGAAACUCCAAACAGGCAAGAAAACAUAUGGCUUAUUGGAGUGUGCAGAGUGCUUCAGUUGGAAGGAUAGCCCAACAUUACACCAGAAGAUUCACACAGGAGAGAAGGCCUAUAAAUGCUUAGAGUGUGGGAAGAGUUACAGAUGUAGAGUAAGCCUUAUUUCACACCAGCUCAUUCACACUGGGGAGAAGCCAUUUCAGUGCUCAGACUGUAGCAAGAGCUUUUAUAAUAAAUCAGGCCUUGAUCAACAUCAGAGGAUCCACACAGGGGAGAAGCCCUAUCAAUGCCUGGAAUGUGGGAAGAGCUUCAGACAGAGACACCACCUCACUUCACAUCAACUCGUUCACACUGUGGAGAAACGAUUUAAGUGUUCAGAUUGUGGCAUGAGCUUUUCUCAUAAAUUAGACCUCAGUCAACAUAAGAGGAUCCACACAGGGGAGAAGCCAUAUAAAUGCUUGGAGUGUGGGAAGAGUUUCAGUCACUGUGUAACCUUCAAUACCCAUCAAAGGAUUCACACAGGAGAGAAGCCCUAUCAGUGCUUGGAGUGUGGGAAGGGUUUCAGUCAGCAUACUAGCCUCGUUACACAUCAAAGGACUCACACAGGAGAAAAGCCCUAUCAGUGCCCAGAGUGUGGUAAGAACUUUUCUCAGAGUGCCCACCUCAGUAGCCAUCGACAGAUUCACACAGCAGAGAAGCGCUAUAAAUGUUUAGAGUGUGGAAAGAAGUUCGCUCAUAGCGGCAACCUCACGGACCAUCAACGGAUUCACACAGGAGAGAAGCCCUAUCAGUGCCCAGAGUGUGGAAAGAGCUACAGAUGUAGAGUAAGCCUUCUUGCCCAUCAGCUCACUCACACUGGGGAGAAGCUAUUUCAGUGCUCAGACUGUAGCAAGAGCUUCUAUGAUAAAUCAGGCCUUAAUCAGCAUAAGAGGAUUCACACAGGGGAGAAGCCUUAUCAGUGCUUGGAGUGCGGGAAGAGCUUCCGACAGAGACACCACGUUACUUCACAUCAACUCAUUCACACUGGGGAGAAGCCAUUUAAGUGUUCAGAUUGCAGCAAGAGCUUUUCUCAUAAAUCAGGCCUUAAUCAACACAAGAGGAUUCACACAGGGGAGAAGCCAUAUAAAUGCUUGGAAUGUGGGAGGAGCUUCAGUCAACAUGUAAGCCUCAUUACACAUCAAAGGAUCCACACAGGAGAUGAACACUAUCAGUGCUUGGAGUGUGGUAAGAACUUUUCCCAGAGUAGCAGCCUUGCUAACCAUCAACAGAUUCAUGCAGGAGAGAAGUCCUAUAAAUGUUUGCAGUGUGGAAAGAACUUCUCCCACAGCGGCAACCUCACUAAUCACCAACGGAUUCACACAGGAGAGAAGCCCUAUCAGUGCUCGGAGUGUGGAAAGGACUUCUCUCAGAGCGGAAACCUCCUUAACCAUCAAAGGGUUCACACGGGAGAGAAGCCCUAUCAAUGCUUGGAGUGCGGGAAGGACUUCUCUCAAAGUAGCCACCUCGCUAGCCAUCAACGGACUCACACAGGAGAGAAGUGUUACAAAUGCUUGGAGUGUGGGAAGAGCUUUGGACGGAGCGACCACCUUACUUCCCAUCGACAGGUUCACACUGGGGCUAAGCCAUUUAAUUGCUCGGAUUGCUGCAAGAGCUUUUCUUAUCAAUCAAGUCUUAGUAAACAUAAGAGGAUUCACACAGGAGAGAAACCAUAAAAAUAUUUUGAGAAUAGGAAAAGUGUCAGCCCCA